AUGCUAUGGUUGCCUACGAUCAUGGCUGAGAAUUCCGAAUCCAAGCUCAAGCCCACUUCAAACAUACCAGGAGCUGAUAUACCUACAUAUAUCAAAGACCGCGACGACGAGUGUCCACACCUCCUAGGAGACUUUGAAAACUUUAUUACCUCAAUUCUCGAACCACAUAAGAACAGAAUACUGCUUAGAAAUAAACACGCACCUCAUUCGGACCUGAUGCCCACAUUAAACCGUCUAUCUCACAGACUAUUGAAACUUGUUUCAUUAACAACGGGUCAAGCACACCCUUCCUGUCCGGAGUCCGUGCUUCGCUACCAUCUCCUCACAUCCUCUCAACUCGACGAUCUGGCGAGAUAUUACCAUCAAAUCUGGCCACCGACACCAGAGACAUAUCAAUACCCGAAAAUUAUUAUACCAUGGAUCGGGACGGAAGAGCAAGAUACGAUUGAUAUUGAGACUAAGCGCGAGCGGAUAGGGAGAUUCAUAGGGCUAAGAAGGACUUGA